CGUAUGCCGGAGAUCGGUAGAGAAAUUUAUUUACAUAAUCGGCUCUUCGGGUCGUCGAACUCCGGACGAACUUUAUGUCGAGGACCUUCGUUUGAAACGGAAGUAGAAUGGCGUACGAUUUUUAUACCUUUCCUGGUCCUUGCAUUAUUUCUGCAAGUUAGAAGCUCGUUCGAGAGACGUUUCCUCUCGAAUCGCGUGACCGGAGAGGUCGACGUUCUCGAGUAGUGCUUCUUCCGAUGCUGAAGAGUCGAUAAGGGCGGCAAAAAAAUUUCUCUUUCGUUCUCCAUGUUCGACCUACUUAACGAAACGUUGCUCCUUCGAGUCCGAUUAAAAAUAAAUAUCAGAGAGGACGAAACGUGUCGAUGACGGGUCGCGACCACCCUGUUAUUGUCGACGAUCUCUCGAGAGCUACGCGACUAGAACGUCGUAAAAACGAUUCUUAGAAAAGAUGUUUACGAUCGUUUCUCGGUAUUCAUUCCGAAUGCGAUGUUACGGGCAUUUGGGAUAACACGUUUGUUUUACACAUUUGUUUUCGCGUCGUCGAUCGAAAUUUUCACGACCACGAGAGCGCUUACAGAGGCUCCUCCUCUCCAUUACGCGAUACGCGCGCGGAAGGUGUCGGACGAUCGAAAGCGAAGAAGAGCGUUUUCGAGAGAGUUACGUGCGUGAACGAUGAUAUGUGUGUCCGGUGCGUGCGUGCGUGCGUGUGUACGUGCGCGUGUGUGCAACUUCGUACGGAGACAGGUAUGCGAGCGCGUGCGCGCGUGGUGGUCGCAUGGGAGAACGAAAGUGCACACGCACGAACGGAGGCGAUCGCACGUGACACGCAGCCUGAUGUCAGAUACACGCUAUGCACGAGCGAUUUCGCGCACGUACGAACAUCUGUCGCAAGAAUCGAGUUUCGAUCGGGCCUAAUAGCUCCGACUCGUUAACGAAAUUGUUUGUGCUUCGUGAUGCUCCUGCUAAACAAACUCGCGAUCUUGCGAUUCCACGAUUCGUCAUCCUUUUAUUUUUUCCCUUCUAGUCGAUUAUCCAGAUAAUUCGAGCGUCCAGACGAAGUUCGUCCGAUCGAAGAAAAGUUGCAGAGUUGAGUGGAUGCCGCACGAUCGAGCGUUUCUAAAUAUCGAUAAGAUCGACCUUCCGCGUAAACGCGCGUCUCUUUCGUCGUUACAAUCGAAUUUUGCUGGAGAUGAGUGAAAAGGACACGGUGUUUCUUGCGGGUGGAAACGUAACGUUUAACGUUGCGAUAAAUUACGAAUGCACGCACGUCGCAAUAUCGCGAACGUCGUUUCCUCGACAAAAGAAUAUUCGUCGAAGUAAAAUUCGUGUUUCGCGUCAAAAGCGAUUUUUAUAAGUGUCGGUUUCGCAUUUGCGAGUACAAAGCCUUCCACCCUCUUUUUCUCUCUCCGUACUUCCUAUCCUUGGUUCUCCGACGGUGCAGCUGAACCGAACGGUAAAACGAACGGAGAUAGCUUUUUGUAUCGUAUCGUAUUUCGGUACGAUGCCUUUGUAGCGAACGAACGAUUGGCGUGACUUUCGAAAUACGCGUCGGACUUAUCGAUUUUUAUUUAGUCUAGGCUCAGACCGAGUUAAAAAACGAAGAAAGAAGAAAAACUACCGACAGAUCGGCAAGCAACGAGGAUUGGAAACGAAGCUCGGUUCGCGAAAGUUACGAAAUUUUUUAACGAAAAAUAUUCUGCUCCGCGAGACUGCGUACAUCGACGAUUAAGAAGGUAAUGCGGUUUGACGAAGUUACGCAAGUACGAAGAUCGUUUGCGAGUCGCAAACGUACGCAGCGUUCCACCGAUCUAGCUCUCCUCGUAACAGCGAUACCGUUUGAUCCGGGCUUUGUAUCGAAAUACUCGUCUACGUAACGCUUCGUAACGUCGCGUGUCACGGAAGAGAGCAACUACAUCACUCGAAUAGGAGUUUUCGAGAAUUCCGAAUAGUUCUCCCUCGAUCCGAAAUACUUGGUACGUAUUUUGAAGAGCGAUCAGUCGGCUUUGACGAUUUUUGUUCUCUUCAUCGAUUUCUCGUUACGCGAAGCCAAGAUUUAGCAAGACGAUCGUUGAGAAGGAAGUCUUCCGAGCUGUCGGUAGGUCAAAUUUGUAGUCGAUGAAAACUAGAAAGCAAGGUUUUACAAGAAGAGGACGACUGGUGCGAGUAAUCGAUGGAUCGGUAGGUUUCUUCGGAAGAGGAUCGUUUUACUCGCGAGCGAUAAUACGCGAACAACGCCGAGGCCGACGCCGACGUCGACGCAGAAGCCCGGUCACCGGUAGUCACUUCAUCGUACAUGCACGAGACACGAUAUGAAUUGCAAAUGGCGGAACGUCGUGGCAGGGGGUGGAGUCGAGUUAUAUGUAAUAUCGUCGCGAGCGAUGAUCCAGUUUCCGAAUGAGUAUCAUGCUGAACCGAAUAUCUCAUACGUCAUUUACGGAUUGCUUCGAAUAAUGUCGUUCCUGGCAACGAGCUUCGUUACGAGUCGAAGUAAAAAGGCGAGGAGAGGAUGUAAUAAUUCUUCGUAGAAGAAUUUCAACGUCGUGCAUUUCGAUGAACCUCGAGCCAUAGGUUCGCGAGGGAUAGAUAAGGACGAGUAGACGAGUGGUACGAUGAAAGAACGAACGGCGAGAGGGAGAGGAGAGAAAUAUCGGUGGCGAACGUUCCCGAUAAUCAGACUUUUUUUUACGAUCGAUGUUUUCGAACGAAACGACGAAUGGCUGAAGAGAGGAUCCUCGAGAGGUAUUCCGAGCGGAUCGAAGUAUCGGCGUAAUAUUCGCGGUUCGAGGAGAAAAUUCGGCCUUUUUCCUCUUCCUCGUGCGGCGCUCGGCACCGCUCGACCACUCCACCGCAACGCACGGCCGCGCCGAGUACCAAAGUACGCGAACGUCGUGGAUCGUGAAUUCUCCCGCGGCAUUUCGGUGGCCCGGCUUCGUUUCCUUCCUGAGUCUCGUCUUACUUUUAUUCUCCGUUCCCAUUCCGACAACCAUUUCCGCGGCGUUUUACUGGCUACGUCUCGAAAAAGCCCCGGAGAAGACCGUACGAGAAGGAACCGGCCGCGAAGAGAAGACCACCGAGGCUACGUUACCGUGGCCUUUUCUCCGAACAUCAAAACCCCGAAUUUAUGGCGGCCACCUUAAUGUUCGCUCGAGAAAACCUCGUUUAGAUCCGCAUUGUACCUCUAAGAGGUCCGUUCUCCUUUCGCGCUCCAAAAGAAAAUAAUCGUGCUCGUUCUUUGGGUCUUUCUCGACUUUUUAAGAAAGAAGCUCUAUCUUUAUCAAUCUUUUUUAGUUUUUUAUUUUCCUUUCUUUCUGCCUCCUCUUUUUUUCCUUUUUCGUAUUUAACGAAAUUCAAGAUCGCGCAUCGCUCUUCGUUCCGUGCGAGACAGAAAUUUACGCAAACGUAGAGAGCUCGGUUCUCGUGAGAUUCGAUUUACAGGGGUCGUAUUUCGCGAAGACGUCACGUCGUCGUUAAAACUUUUACCAGACGGAUUACAUCGCGGUCCGAUACGCUUCGCCGUUCGAUGGAACGUGCCACGAUCUUGAAGUAGAAUUAAAAGGUCCCGCUUGAAGCCGAGGAAGGAGAACUCGAGCACGUUCGAGUACACUCGAGAAACGUACGAUAAGUAGAAGUGGGUCGCAUGAGCAGACGAGAGGAAGCAGCGAGGAGAGAGAGAGAGAGAGAGAGAAAGGGGUGGAGUAGCUGCCAAGGAAAAAGGGCACGCGGGCUAGUAAAACCUCGAGUGUUCUCUCUCUCUGUGUUUAUGCUAUUCUAUUAUUACGUAAUCUUAACGUGUAAAAGUCGGGAGGAAUUUAUUUGCACGGGGGCAGCAACGGUACUUCGCCGGUACUAUCGUUGCGUUUUCUUGUCUUCCGCAACACAGGAUUCUUGGCAAACAAAAAAUAAGAGAGGAACAAGAGGGAAGGUUUUGAACAAGGAUAGCGCCAUCACGGUUGGCGUACGCUCUUCGCAGGGCUCCGUCCAAAACUAAACAGCGAACCUUAAAUCCUCGUGUAGUCUCGAGAAGCGUUUUACUUCCUUCCUACUCGACGAAGAAAAGCAUAGAAGAAGGAGCAUAAAGAGGAGUAACAAAAAAUGCGCUCGCGCACACGCGCGCGCUUUCUCUCUCUCCUUUCGCUCUUUCUUUCUCCGUCUAUUUUUCUCGCGGUGUGUGGCAGCGACGGGAGCGGCUCACGUGCAAAGCCGUGUCAUUUUAAUUAGUGCCUCAAAGUAAAGCGUUUACCAGUUUCUGUAGCCGAGUCUACGUGAGAAAGGAGAGAUAGAGACGGUGAGAAGCUUUUCGCGGAGUGGAAUAACAGACCGAAGUAAUUACUUCCGGCUACAAAGGCUCGAACUUCGAACAAAGAUGUUGUGGAAGAGCAAGAGAGAAAGAGAGAGAGAGAGGGAGGAGGGUGGGGAAAGGAAUUACGUGGGAUUGAAGCGACUCGUACCACGACCCGAUCAUUCUUUCAAUUUACAUGCCCGCGAUGACGACGACGCCACGUUCGUCCGUACCUUUUUCCGAUCUUCCAUUCAACGAAAACCCGAAUUCGUGGACGCACGGAAAAUACAUCGAGAAUUUUGAUUCCAGCGUUAGUAGGAAAAAUUAUUUUACGAUAGAUCGACGAUUACUAAAAGCUAGAUAGAAUCGUACGCUUUCUCUUAAGGCGACUUAGAGGUUUAGGAGCGAUACCUAUAACGACGUUAUUUCGUAAACUAUAUCGUCCAUUUUAUCGGAAGGGACGUUGUGAUGUAUUAAAAAAUAAAUAAUUUUCGUUGGAAAGAUUAAAAUUUCGCUAUUUCCUUAUUUAUACACAUAGGUAUCUCGUAAAAACGAAUUGGUGCGAGAGACGCGUCUUUAUUAAUCAUAGUCCGACAAAAUAACUUACGUGCAACGUCGGUCGAUGGGAAUAUCGCGCAAAAACUAACCGUGACUUAUUAACAUUAAACCGGAACGUGUGAUGAAUUAAAAAUGAGUCUCGCCGUACACACACACGCGCGCGUACGCGCAUACGACAGCGAACGUAUACAUUAAUCUCCAUUCAUCUCGGUUCACGUUGUGGUCGGCGACCGGCCGAUAUUUAAUAUUCCUACGAUGACCUUGUCACCUCUUCGAGCGAGUAUCCGUUUAUCGUUCAUUCUCGCUCGACUAGCCGACCGGUUUCAGAAACACGUGAAAGCUUAAGCUCGCGAACGAGCUAUGUAAUAUGUUUACCGUGUCUCAAGGUAAGCAUAAAAUCGUGUAAGAACGCCGUUAGAAGGCCGAGGGUAAGAGGAGGCCAUCGAGGAAGUCGUCGAGGCCGCUUAGAUCAGCCGUAAAAUCGGACACCUUCGGAAAGACGAAUCUUUGGUGUCCUCUUACGGUCGACGAAUUCACCCUCUUCUUCCGCUCUCUAUCUCUUUCUCUUCGUCCUCUCUGGCCUCUUCCCUUACCUUUUGUAUUCGAAAUAAAUCAUCCGAUACCGAGGGUUCCACUGGAUUAUGCGUUACGACGACUUUAUGAUCCCCCGUAUUAAACGCAAAAUUGAAUUUACGAUUCACCGAAAAGGGCCCCAGCCUCGGAUCGAAUAAGCCGCGUUUGUCGAAUGACACGGAAACAUUUAAGCAGCGUACGCCGAGCGAUCGAUCGUCCGGCCAAACUAUGGAUAUACGGCAAGGAUAUGCGUUUCUAACGAUCCUUUUUUUCCCAACUUUAUUUUUAGGGGAAUUUCUCGAACCGAAUGCGUACUUUGCUAUCGAAAAUAAUCGAGUUUAUCGACUCGAAGAAAUAUCGUGAGCGAAAAGAUCGAAACGAAAUAAAUCUUGUUAGAGAGAAAGGUCGUCGUUUCUACGUGCGAAUUUCAAAGUUCGUUGCACUUACAAUACAAAUAAAAGUAAUAAAAAUGUCGGAGAGAAAAUAGCAAGUUCGCGUUCAAUAGAAAUUAGAAACCUGAUUGGAAGAAGAGUCAAUUAAGGUUGGAUGAGCGACACGAAUGGUAUGAGAUGAGACGAAGGAAAAAAGCACGGCAUGGUUUGCCGUUGAAAACGAAACGUCGAGCGUGGAAGUGAUAAAUAACGUCGGCGGGUCGAGUCGAUCGGCGAGCAGCAGGCAAAGCGCAAACAUAAACUAUCAAUGGCGUGAAAGGGUGUCGAAAAGGGGGUGGGUGGAGGCGUAACCGGGUGCACGAGCGCGCGCCUUAUCUCUACCGUAUGGCCGGAUUGUAUGGCUACGUAUAGAUUAUAACCGAACGCCAUAGCUCUCGACAUCGAUGACGGACGCCUACGCCCCUUGCCAUUUCCGUCCUCUCCAUACCCCCUUUGCUCUCGCUCUCUCUCUCCCCCCUCCCCUUCUUUCUCUUUUUCUCCGUCGACGCAUUUAUUUUGAAGAAUAUCGAUUUCCCGCAUUUCACGUGGCAACGUUUGUAAUCAAGCCGUCAAAACGAUAGGAUUGAAACGAAUCUUAAUACUUCGUACGCAACGUACAAAUUUUAUAUCGAUUAUUCUCGACUUUGUUAUUGUUUCAUCGGUUCAAAUAUUUCUUCCUCGUUUUGAUGAAUUUCUCACGAUUUCGCGAUCGGUCUUGGUAUUCGGCGAGUGUAAAAAAAAAGUAAACGGUGCGACGCGUCGAAACGAACUUGGUCUUAUUACAAGAAAACGAGCUUGGUCGUCGGGAGUAGAGUAACUCCGAAUAGAGAACAUCGAGCGGUACGUUCGCUUCUUUGGAUAGUCGCUGAAAUAGUCGUAUAGUUUAGUCGUGUAAAGCUGGCUCAGAGGUUAGAGCGGUAUUCGCACUUGGAACCGCAGACAGUUGGCGCACGAGGUCGAAGAAGACGCGUAGGAAAGGAUAUAUCUGCGAUGGGUUGAAGCCGAAGAAAGAGAGAUAGAGAGAGAGAGAGAGAGAGAGAGAGAGAGAGAGGAAUUCUGAUCCGGAGAAGGUGGAAAGCAGAGUAGAUUGGUAUGAAGUUAGCUGGUUAACUCGACGAAACAACGGUAGCAAGUUAGCACGAGAAGUUGGCGUCAGUUGGCACCAACGAUGGGGUGCAAUGAAGACGACGGUGGCAAUGUCGAGAGAGUGGGGUUGGGAUGGAACGAGGAACAGACUAGCGCAGACCAGUGCCUCUAUUUCAUUGUUUCAUAAUUGAAGCAUUUGCGGUUUCAUCGUUGCGCGCGUACGGAUCCGUCGGAGUAAUCGCGUAGUAUCGGAACCUGUUCGUCCAUCGAACGAGAAAUCGCUUCGUUACGAAACCGGAUCUUUAAACUCGGAGACUCUAUUUGCUUUUAUCUCGCAGUAAUAGCGUCGGAGAUUACUUUUACGUAAGAUUUUGACGAUGCACACGAGUAUACACGACGCGCACUCGCGCAGAGCCGCGCGUCGUUGCUCGAUUUACAUAGAUCGACAUCGACGUCGACCGACUCGAAAAGGUAAACGGUGAAGGAAUAAAACCGGAUUUAAUGGAAUUCACCGCGAUGGAUUCGGUCGCGGGAGCGUCCGAAGAGCCGAAUUAGUUUCUAGAGAAACGCAUUGGGAAGACUCGAUUUAUGUAAAUCGGUUUAACAUCCUCGGUCGUCCGUAUAUUUCGCAUUAUCGCAAUUCCUGCUUCGGCGAUGAUCGAUGCGUCGGUCCAUUGUGUCGACCGUCCGAUUAAAAUAUCCUAGUAUAUUUAUCUACCUUCUAUUCGAGCCUCUCUCUUUCUCGCUCGCGUACUCUACCACGCACACUCGAUUCGUUUCGUCGUUUUAUCGAACGGCAAUUCAUUCCUGGCGAUCUAUCAUCGCGUCACGAAAAGGGGGGCAGGGGGAGAGAGGGCCCAUCGGCGAUCAACGCCUCUCUCGAGCAGCCGAGCGCGAAACGACGAAUACUCGGCGAGUUUCCAUAUCGGGUUUCGAGCUAAUGUUGAUUAACUUACACCCUCUCACCCUCCAUUAACCUCGGCUCGACCGUUUCUGGCCUCUGACAGUCGUUUAAUUACGCUUAUCGGCCACGUCGAACGAUACACUUUUUUUUUCCAAACUAUCCAGCAGCCGCCACUUUACGUCUCUGCGUUACGUGACGAAUUUACGCACGCGAAAGGGAGAAAGAGAGAGAUGGGUGGCAGAGGUAACGCAAAUUUUUCGAGAUCGAUGCGGUCAAAUUUCGCGGUAGUUGUCGCAAGAGCGAUCAUUUCAACGGGAGAGACAAAAAGUGUGGAUUUAACGGAAAAUAAAGCGUGAUGCUUUUUAAUCGGCCCCUACGACGCGCCGUUGUUCGCGGUUUGCCAUGAGUUUUUCGCAAAAAUAGAUGCUUCUCUCGAACGAUUGGAAACGAACGCGAGAUAUUCGACGAGUAAAUUAAUUUUCCGUUUCGUCGGUGUACGAUCGCCCUUGGUUUUCUGUCUUUUAGAUACAUCGUAGCGACUAGAGCCUCUCGAUAUCGUGCAACGUGCAAGAUAAAAAGAACGACGAUGCUCGUUUCUGUAUCGUUAUCGUUCUUGGUCGAGUUUUACGUAUCGCAUUGCAACGUUCCAGACCAAUCGGUUCAACAUAAACAUGCCUUCGGGCAAUCGAAUGUAUCUACUCGGCAAUGAAUCAAAAGCCAAUGCGAAAAAAAGAGACAGACAGAGGAGAAAUAGUAGAAACGGCAUGAAAAUGUUACAAAUUCGAACGAAUGUUUAAACGCACGAACCUGGGAAAUGUAUUGCUCCGAAAGGCCAUGUUUUAUCUCAAUAAAAUCCCGAAAUAGGCAACAUUGAAUUUAAUUUCGCUCGAUAAAAAUUUCGUUAUCUACGAAUGGGAUGUUUCCUAUUACGGAACAGUAAAAGUAUUUUUACGUUGCGUUAUUAUCUAAUUCGACUGUAAUUUAUUAUAUAUUAGUUUAUUUCCCGCGCGCUCGUGUCGUUUAAAAUAAUUUGUCAUAGAGGAAAAAGAGGAGGGAGAGAGAGAGAGAGAGAGAAGAAUGCAUGUAUGUAUGUAUACGGGACUCCGAAAGAAAGUAGGAUUAAAGGGAGAUUUGGCUUCAGCCUCGAACGAUGUCAGACUCGUAUCAGGACGGACGACGGGAUCGUCGUCCUAAUCGAGUGUAGGUGUAGUAGACGACGACGACGACGACGACGACGACGACGACGACGACGAGUAUAAAGACGAAGCCAACAAAUCUUUCAAGCAAUUAUUCGACGAACCGUAUCUAACCAAGGUACGGUAACCGCAUCGGCCAGCCGUUAACGUAUAAUCCUAAACCAUCCUCGAUAGUCGAGCAAGCGUGCACCAUGCUAAACCGUACACCGGCUGUACAACCAUGGAAGGGACGCAUUAGUGAAUUAGCGUUUCCUGCCGUUGCAAUCACGGUAAUGCGUUCGUACGGUACGCGGGACACGCUCUCUCUCUCUCUCUCUCUCCCUCCCUCCCCCGUCUCUCUAUCUCUCUCCCUUCGUACUUACCGAGAACGUGUUGUUACUUUACGAUAUAACUAAACGAUUAAUAAUUGCCGACUUCGACCAAUUCAGUGCUUAUGCUCGAUCGAUGUCUUUCGAAUUUGAUCAUUUUUUAUUUCUUGUUUAUUUUUCCCUCAUUUACAUAAUUGACUUUAGGCAAUCGGUCCAUUUUUCGCUUUCAAUUCAUCAUCCAACUGUGAAAACACGUUUACGAGUUACACAUGCAUAUUUGUAUACGUACUAUGAUUGAGUUUUAUGCGAGACUCGAAAGCCAUAUUCGCAAAAAUUUUAUCGACAGCUCGUACGGUACGACUUUUUAUAUUUGCGAGAACAACUCGACUGUAUGAGACAAGGAAAACUCGGUCGACAUAUCAAUAACUUAUAUCCAUUCACCUCGCAUGAAUAGGACGCAUGAAAUUAUUCCCGAUACGAUGAUUUCUCUGUUCCGCAUUGAAUUUCUCGAUUCCAAUAGCCCACGCGAAAAACAAGCACAGCUAUUUUCUAACUCAUGAGAGAUCAUCGAACACUCGCAGCGAUUAUUGAAAUUGAAGUGCGUUUAAAGAGGAACUGCGAGAGAUCGAGCCGACUGCUCUUUGACGGCGUGACUCCAAGUUCAACGAUAAAAUAAAUUAAAGGAGUCUGGAAUCUGUUUUAUUUAUGAUCUUUCGCUAUUAUUACGAUUCGGCAAGAGAUCGGAGAACGAAGACAUCGACGUUUCAUCAAAUUUUUUCCACAUAUUAUUUCGGUUUUGUACAAAGAUAGACGACGUAUGUAACGUAAUAGACUUUCGAAUCUCUUUCGAUUUAUAUAAGGAUCUUUUUUUGAAAAUCACGAUCGUCGUACGAAACGUACGAAACGAAAAUACAGGUGCAAAACUUUAUUUGGAGCAUUAGCGUUAAAGGAAAGAACUCUCCUUUCCGGUUUCUCGGCCUCUUCAGACGAAAAAUCUUUGGUAGUCUCGUUAAAACUUUUCCAAGAGUCGGUCCUGGAACGCUCUGCUACCCAAAGAAGAUCGCAUCCCUGUUCGCCGACCUCUCUCCCUUACGUUCCUCGGUUAUAUGUAAGACGCGGUGGUCCGCGAGCUGGUAACUUGCAGCUACGCUUUCCUUGUACGUGACAAGUGCACCGAGACUGCUUUAGCUUCUCCUAUUUCGUGAAAUACGUGAGCUCGAGAUAAACGAGGAGGAGAGAAGGAGGCACCGAGAGCCGGUCGCCAGGAGAGCUCCUAUGAAAAUGCUUCAAUCGCUGAACGCUCUGGCGGGGAAGAUCUCGCCGAGCUCGCCCACUGACAGCAACGCGAACAAGGUGCACAUGCAUAACAACAACAACGUCGUGCAUCAUCAUCAUCCGUAUUCCAAGCAACAAACGCAACCCUCGCCUGCGUCGCACUCGAGCAACAACAGCGAUCAAAAGGAGAACACCAUAAUGAACAAUAACAGCGUGGAGCAGCCGGAUCCAGACAAUAUAAAGAUGUUUGUAGGACAAGUACCUCACGAUAUGGACGAGAACGAUCUCCGAACGUUGUUCGAGGAGUUUGGCCGAGUGCAUCAGAUCAACGUCCUGCGCGACAAAACUACCGGUAGUAGUAAAGGUUGCUGCUUUGUAACCUUCUACACGAGAAAGGCCGCCUUGGACGCACAGAACGCUUUGCACAACGUCAAGACUUUUAGCGGGAUGCGGCAUCCGAUCCAAAUGAAACCGGCAGAUAGCGAGAAUAGAAACGAACGCAAGUUGUUCGUUGGCAUGUUAUCGAAAAAGUACACGGAGAAUGAUGUCAGAAGCAUGUUCAGCGUCUACGGAACGAUCGAGGAGUGUUCGGUUCUGCGAGACAAUGCUGGACAAAGUAAAGGCUGUGCCUUCGUUACCUUCGCUAGUAAACAAUAUGCUAUCAACGCCAUUAAGGCCCUUCAUCACUCGCAAACGAUGGAGGGAUGCUCAUCACCGCUGGUUGUGAAAUUCGCUGACACACAGAAGGAAAAGGAUCAAAAAAGGAUGCAGCAAAUUCAAGCGAAUCUCUGGAAUAUCGCGGGAGUCAACAUGGCGCCGCAUUACCUGACGACGGGUGAGACGCAUACGCUGGCGCCUUCGUCGUUGCAGUUAUUGCAACAGUUGCAAGCGACGACGAGUGCAGCCACCCCGGUAGCCGCCGGCGCCGGAGCGAACGCUCUCUCGAGUGUUCAGCAUCAGCUGUUGUUACAGCAGCACCUUGGCCUCGGUGCGGCUACCCCCGCACACGCCGCCCCACCUGCCGUUCCAAGUCCACCGGAGAUUAACCCUGCCAAUCUCCAGGGUCUAGCGACUCUCGCGUCCCUCGGUAACUCCGCCGGUGAGUAUGCAAACGCUGGGGUAUCACCGAUGAGUAUGCAAAAUCUUGUUACGUUGGCAGCCAUGACUGGCGGAAACGGCAACCUUCAAGUGUCGCCAACCACGUUAAGCGGACUGGCGAAUUCGACAGCAGGUAUGUCGCUAUCUGCCCUUCUCGGGAAGACAGGAAGUACAGGGUCGACCGGUGGAAGCCUGAGUCCUGUAACGUCUCUCGCGCUUAAUUCCUUGACAGGAGCACCUUUGAACGGAUUGCAGGACUCUCUGAGUAACGCUUAUUCGAGCUUGCAGCAAUACGCAGCUCUCAUUGGAAAGACGACGGUGACCGUGGAAAAGAAAGAAUUGCAUAGGUUCCCGGCAUUCACGGCGGCAGCGGCCGCAGCAGCGGCGGCGGCACAAAAUUCGAGUUUCAGUGCCGCUGGCAAGCAGAUCGAGGGUCCCGAAGGUGGUAACCUCUUCAUCUACCACUUACCGCAGGAAUUUAGUGAUACCGAUCUAGCUUCUACCUUUCUACCUUUCGGCAAUGUCAUAUCCGCCAAAGUUUUCAUCGAUAAGCAGACGAAAUUGAGCAAAUGCUUCGGUUUCGUCUCGUACGACAACUCUGCGAGCGCGCAAGCAGCAAUCCAGGCGAUGAACGGUUUCCAGAUCGGCACGAAGCGACUUAAGGUUCAAUUGAAACGAUCCAAGGACGCUUCGAAGCCGUACUAGUUGACAUCAUCCUCGAGCGUUCGUAGGUAGAUACCAAGGACUAUGGAUCCUAGAGCUUUGGUCUUACUAUAUCAGUUAGCAAUAUCUAUUUUUCUCAUAGUCGGACUCGUAUUCGCGCGAUUAGUUUCUGGUUGAAUCGUAACGAGAACAACAACCGACUUACGGGAUUUUUUCGACUCCUCAGGCAGACAGGGCCGCCAUUACGAUUCGAAGGAGCUAUCGGAAAACAGUAUUUCUUCCUUGGACGUGCAACCACGUACGAUCCUCUAGUCAAACAGUAUUUAUAGAAGAAAAUCGAAGUAACGAUAAGGCGCGGUGUCCAAGAAACAACGACUUACCGGCGUCGCUCGGUCGUAUCGUUUAUUUCACUUAUAGAUCAAAGCUAGGCUCACCCCGUUCCUCCCACCGCUACCCCCAAUCCCCAAAUUGUAACGAAGCUGUGAUACUCGAAAAGACUUUUUUUCUUUGGAUUUUUUACGAACGAGAAUUAAAGUAUCGUCCUUUUUAAAAUUUGCUUUCUACCAUAUAUGUAUAUAUACAUAUAACUCGGCUUUCUCUCUUUUAUUCCGUCCUAUUCUACAUAUAUAUAUUUUAUAAUAUAUACUUUUUAUAUUUAUAUCAACGUGUUUUAAUCGUUUCGUUUCUAAUCAUACAUAUCUAUACAUAUACAUAUACAUAUAUACACGCACACGCAUAUAUAUAUAUAAUUUGUACGAUCGCGUUACAAUCGUUGUCAAGAAAAUUCCAUGAUACUUUGCAACCGUGAUUAAAUAAAUAACAGCCAGUAGCUGCCACUCGUAGGUCGCAGGACGUAUUAAGUAGAGAAGAAAGGAUAAACUUGAAAUCAAAUCUCCUCUCACAAAUCACACCUAUAUUUGUCGUACGCUGUUCAUUUAUCGUACCAAUAACGCGCUUUCGAUGUUCGUUCCUUCGACUUUCGAAGGUACGACAGAAGUACCUAUUCCCUCGUUCAACCCCCUUUCUAAGUUGUGUAAUCAAACUCGUUUCGUUGCAAAAGGCUGCCAGUUUAAAGCUUACUGUGCUAACUCGUUGCACAAAGUGAAGUUACGUACGUGAAGUUUACUAACAGACACAUACAUACAUUAUACACGACAUACGGCUUUGUAGACAACUAUAUACAUAAACACGGACAUAUGUAUAUAUGUAUAUAUGUAUAUAUGUAUGUGUGUAUAUAUACAUAUAUUAUAUAUAUGUGUAUAUAUAUAUAUAUGUAUGUAUACAUAUACACACACAGGUAUAUAGUUUCGCUUCGAAAACUUUCACGCAACGUCGGUAGUAACAUUAAUCGUGGAAUGAAAAAUUCUAGCUCCUUAAUUUUCUCGUUCGAGUCGUCUCAUUCGCACGUCGUGAAUCCAUGCCGUUGAACGUUACGGGAUGCACGAAAUUCUCGAUGCAUACCCAUCUCGCUAUUAUAUUAUUCACUAAGCCUUAUUUAUGGUUAAUCACGCUAUUAGUACGCUUCUAUUAGUUGGUAAAGACUAACAACCAUUGCCAUGUGUUUUCGGAAUGCCGGUGCCCGUCGCGUGCUAUUCGGCACCGUCGUCUAUCGUUCUCAUUUGAAUAUACGACACAUAUUAUACAUACGAUAUACAUAUGUAGAUAUCUAAUGCGUUCUCUUCUCCAAGGGAGAAGUAAUUUUUCAAAUGAAGGGACUUUCCGAAACUCGUGAGAACUAUCGGCGAACGGUGCUGCUUUUGUCGCGAGUGAUGCGAACGAGGCCCCAAAUAAGUAUACAUAUAUAUAUAUAUAUGUGUGUGUGUGUGUGUGUGUGCACGUACCACGUUUGACGAUUAUUCAGAACGAUUUCGUAAACGACGUCGAACUACGACGGACGAGAACAAUUCGCGAAGUCAAAGCAAUUUUGGGUCCUCGUUUGUUGAAUCUCAGUCUAAAAUCGACGACGGUCCGGACGUAGUUAUACCUGUGUGCACGAUGCACGGUGUGUUUUCGUACCUCUGAAAAGGCUUCGCAAAUGGGCGUUUGUAAUCUAGUGGGCUAGCUAGUCUUUUGGGUUUUCUCUUCGUUAAUGACGAGGACGCUCGCGAAAGGAAAACUCGGACGGAUAGCUGGCUAGCUAGCUAGUCAACUAGGUGUAGCUUGUGUGCCCUUUUAUCUGUCUCUCUGUCUCUCUGUCUCUCUCUCUUUCUCUAUUUCUAAUCUCGUCGAAAGAGCGAGGAACGAUCGACCAAAGAGAAAGUUCGUUUUGCGUGGCCUCAGAAAGGUACGAGCUAUCCAGCGUGCAUCUCGCAUCCGAGGAUAUCCUACAUAUCUGGUGUGUGGUGGUGACUAACCUGUCCGUGUGUUUGUUUGUGUGCCAGCAGGUGGCCUGUGACGUUGUGACCGUGUACUCUCGAUCGGAGUCGCCGUGCCAUGUCAAUCUCAGUCAGUCAAUCGAUCGGUCGGUCGGUCAAUCGAUCGUCUUCGAUCGUCGACCAAGUCGGUCAGUCAGUCAGUCACGACUCCUUGGUCAGUCUCUCGAUCGGUCUCUCUGUGUCUGUCGGUGUACGAAAAAAAAAAAACACCAAAAAGAAAACACACCAAAACAAAAAAAAAAUACGCAACCCCCGCCCCAUCUUUCUCUCUAAGACUAACUGGCCACCGCCAUGUCCAACCAUUCCUAACAGAUCAUCACCAAAUUCUCCCGCACUCUUCCUAUCUUAUCCUUCAACUAUUAUCUCCUGCGCAGAGAAAGAGAGAGAGAGAGAGAGAGAGAGAGAGAGAGAGAGAGAGAGAGAGAGAGAGAGAGAGAGAGAGAGAGAGAGAGAGAUCCAUCCGUGUGCCUGCGAAUUUUGCGCGGAACCGCCUGCGAUUCGGCGCGAUCUUAAACGUUGUUAAAGUAAGGGGAACGAGAGAAAAGGAAUCCUCGUUGAUCGUCGAGACUUCUCCUGAGCAGUACAAAGUGUAUCCCGUGGGACGGAGAAGAAAGGAAGAAGAAGAGGAGGAGCAGGAAGAAGCAAAAGAGUGGUGAUCUAAUGACGGAGAACGAGAGGAUUCCGAAUACGCGUACGAAGCUCGAGAGCAAAGAGAGACCGAAACGGAGCCCAAGCGCGUCCUACCAGGAUUCGAACGGAUCCUUCGUGUCUGGGGAAAAAAAAAAUCUGCGACUAUUCUUCCUCUCCUGUGAUGUAUACGUACACAUACGUAAAUACGUGUUUUAUUCCUCGUAUCACGGUCUAAAGUCGAAAAGAAUAGGAUCCUGAGAAUCUUAGACGUGAAACACCCUCUCUUGACGUUCCGAUAGGCUGAAAAAGGAUCUUUCUUUGGACCGCUAGACUCGAGAGAAAAAGAUGCAAAUAGAAAAAUGGAAAAACGAAUGGGAGGAAGAUAGGACGUAACGCUGCGAGAAUACAUUAGAUAUAUAUAUAUAUACAUAUAUAUAUACAUAUAGAUAUAUAUAUUAUUAUGUAUAUUAAUCGUUGACUGAGAUUUAUUUUUAUCGGCUCACUGUCGGAGUCCGCCGUCGGUGUCGAAGCGCCUGUUUGUAUACAUACGUGCCGGCAAUUUGGACAUAGAUAGAUAGUAGAUGUGUAAAGAAUAAAAAAAAAAAAAGAAAAAACAAUUGAAAGAAAGGGGUAUAAAUUAAAAAGGAAAAAAGUAAAAGAGUGUAAGGGAGAUAAAACCCGUAAGCGGAUGUGGGGAAGAUAGACCAACGUUGAGAGUACGUCGAGUCUUUGUUCGACUCCUUUGAUGUGCGAGGACUUGUUGCGCGUUAUGUAUCCAGAUUCUGCGAAUAUACCAAAAAUGAAGAAAAACAAGAAAAUGAAAGAAACGUAAGAGACAAAAGAAAAGAUAAGAAAAUAGAGCUGAUAUACCCGCUCACUCAUUAACUCACACACAUUCACACACACACACACACACACACACACACACACACAACACACUCCCACACGCUACAGAGGAAAAAGCGAAAAGUAGUAGUAGAAAAGACAGAGAUAUGUAAGAGAGACAUUUUGUAAUUGACUUUGUGAUAAGACUGUAUCAUAUGUAGGAUCGAACUAGGAUCGCUUUUUAAUAAUAAAAAGCCGUGCAAUUAAGGGCCUGAUAGGAAACGACAGUGGGAACGAGUGAAUGGGAAAUGAGAGAAAGGGAGCGAGCGAGUGUGAGCGAGAAAGAAAGAGAAUAUCGAUGGGACACCUUGGAAUUUUCGGAAUUUCCGUCGAUCGAAUACGUAUUAUUAAGAAACGCGCGGACUCGUUUAAUAAAUAAAUGAAAUUGAAACAUCAUUAUGGCAUCGAGAACACGCAUGUGAGUAUCACAUUCAGCCGCGUUUCCCGAUCUACGUCACAUCCGACUCGAUCUCGUAGACUCGCCUUCAACGAGAAUUUUCAAAAUUCGACGCGGUCGAAUCUCGAAAUUUUACCCGAUAUUAGGCGUAACGCGUGCGAUACAAUAUCGAUUUUCAUUUUCUGGUCCUCUCGUGAAACAUCGACUACGCGUAGUUGCGAUUUGAAGAAAAGAGUUGAUGAAAUUGAAAUUGCAAUCGUAUUACUAAAAUAUGUAGAGGAAAAAAAAGAAACGGAACUAAAAUAAAUGUAAAAAAAAGCGCGUCUAAUGAAGGGUUAAUUAGAUUAAAUAAGAGCUAGAGAUUCGACGCCGAACAAAUUGACAUUCCUUCUUCCACUACGCUCUCGUAACAACGUCGGAAGACGAAGAAUCAAGAGAAAGAAAAAGAGAGGGAAAGAGAAAGAGGGAAAGAGAAAGAGGGAAAGAGAAAGAAAGAUAAAGAGAAUGGAUUCGCAAUCCUAGUCUACUCGUUUUGUUCGCGUCUAUCGUUCGGCCGCCAAUUUUUCUAACAUCAAUGCACCAUUUUUGCGUUUUCGUCCCACCAUUCGUGCACCAAACUAUAUAUGUAUAUAUGCAUAUAUGUAUAUAUACGUGUAUAUAUGUACGUUCGUCUCUUUCUUCGUUUCUUCUUCUUCUUUCACGCGUUAUUAAUUAUUACGUGAGUACUUUGAUGUGCGUUCGUGCGCGCACCCUCACACUUACACACACACACAUACACUGAUACACACUGAUACGUAAAAAUACAUAUACACGUGCAGACACAUGCGUCAAACCAAAUGAGCGAAGCGUCCAGCGUCUUGGCAAAUUAUUUUUUAAGAGAGAAAAGAAAAAGGAAAAGGAGAUAAGGAGGUAUACGACAGACAAAAGAAACGUAAGACGCAACGCGGUUUCGCGGUAUCGGCGCUGCGACGCUUCGCGUUAAGUUACCAAAGACGUGUCUUUAAUUAAUCAAUGUACUUAUGCCAAGGCUAACGACUAAUCAACACGUUGAUCGACAUGACUAACAAAGUGAGAAAUCGGGCACGCGUCGUCUUGUUUGUAGUAUCUCACCUCCACUUUUACACUUCACAUGUACAUUUACACGCGAAUAAUACAAGAUACACUUAAAAACAACAAAACUAGAGCCUAGUCAAAAAAGUAUCGUUUGCGGUCAUUAAUAUCGCCUAUAUAACAUAUAUAUGUUGUGUCGUCACGAUGAAUCCUGGCACAAGCGUUUUUAUUAAUGUCUGUGCUACUAAUGUUUCUUCGGAUCACUAUUAUCGUUAUGUCCAUUUUUACCGCGCUGCUGAUUAACGUCGUUGUUAUUAUUAUUAUUAUUACUAUUAUUAUUAUUAAUUAUUAUUAUUAAUUAUUAUUAUUAAUUAUUAUUAUUAAUUAUUAUUAGAUAUAUGCUAUUUUUAUUAUUAUUAUUAUUAUUAUUAUUAUUAUUAUUAUUAUUAUUAUUAUUAUUAUUACUAUUACUACUGUAUUAUCAUUAAUAGCUACGAGCAUUAUUGAAUAUUAUCGAUACUGUAAGUUACUGCAAUCAUUUAUUAUCACUUAUAUGUAUUAUCGACAAAGAGUCGCGACGAUGAUAACAAGUAUCAACGUCGGUUGCUAGUUAAUUCGCUUAAUAAUAUUUGGCAGUCGGCACAUGUCACGACGCAUCAGGCAGGUACUUCUACGUAUGUAUAAUAUGCGUUUUCGCGAAGGAUAUUCGUUGCAAUUGACUACGUUUUAUUAUAAAAAUAGUGAAGAAGAUGUGUCUUUAUAGAUAUAAUGAAGGCAGUUACAUGGUCAAGCAGAAAUCACUCGUAAUGUUGCGUACUUUCGUUAGCGGAUAGACUUAAAACAACGAUUUUUAGUAAACGAAUCGAAAUUAAUGGUGAUCGUUUCAUUUUUCAAUGUACUUAACGUUCGACGAUCGCGAGAUAAUAUGUAUGAGUUCUCUCUCUCGACACAGUUUCUAGAUUAACAUACUUAAAGAAAUUGUAAGGUAAUAAUUUUUUAACGACUGGAAAUAGAAAUCUUUAUAACUCCGUUACCUCGUAAAAUUAAUCGCGGGUGUGAGACCAAAGCAAAGAAAAAAAAGGAAAAAAAAAAAAAAAGAAAAAAGCUAACAAAAGCCAAAAAUAUUGCGAAUACGUGGAGAGCGCGAGGACAAAAUGCAAUCGUUAGACGCAAUCUAACGAAAAGAAAAAGGAAAGUUUAACGCAUCAUCGGUGAAUCUGCUCGGCUUCGAAGUUAUGCGAGACGUCGUUAUGCAGCUUAUCAUGGCACACACGAGCAUUAUUGGCCUUAUAAUUAACCGCUGUUAUUAGUAAUAUUAUUAUUCAACCUUUAAACUACAUACACACACCCACACACACCCACCCACCCACACACACACACACACACAGAUACAUACAAAAGUACAUAUGGCAUAACGUUUAUUUUUUAAAGCUAAAGUUAUUACCUCCUAAGACUAUCGUUACCGAUGAGUAUACCUCGUCUUUACAAUCCCCCCCGUUAAUAAUUUGUUGUACUUCUUUAUAUCACGUCUUUUUUUCCUUUAUCUCGUUUUUUUUUCUUUUUUUUUUCUUUUAUAGAGCUCGUUUGGUUUUGUUUUCUUUUUAUCAUUAUUAUUAUUAUUAAUAUUAUUAAUAUUAUUAUUAUUAUUAUUAUUAUUAUUAUUAUCCCUUUUCUUUUUAUUUUUUUUUUUUAGUUUUGUUCGUCUCUGCCACGUUUACCUUCUUCUUUUCGGUGCUCAAAUACAUGUAUAUCUCUUUACAUGUACUCCUUUUUUUUUUUUUAAGUGCAAUCGCACUGAUGAGACAAAUCACGAAGGCGCUUCGUGGAAAACGCGCGAAAGAUUCUCGUUGCUCGUCGUAGGGCAACCAUCGAAUGUCAUCGACGUGAUACGUUCAAAUGAUAAUUCGAUCGGAUUAAAAGACAUGCGAAUUUGUACGCGAUACGUAUAUGUAGUAGCUCGUCGUAAAUUACUUCGAUGCGAACAUUUUUAAGAGAAGAAAGAAAAGUCUUUAAAAUUUUUAUAAAUAUAUAAUCGGCCGAACGUGGCCGUUUUGUUUUUAAGAGUAUCGUUUGCAUGCACGCGCCCUGGCCGAGUUCGUAUCGAAGUAAUUUCUGUUUCUCGAUGGCAUGCAAAAAAUGCAGAUCGAUCGAUCGAUCGAUUUCCAUCUUUGUCCCCCUUUUCGAAACGAUUUUAACUACUCGCUGUGAAAUCUAAUGAAAUUUGUUAAGGUGAUCAUCUCACCGCACCUAUACAAAUAACAAAUAUUAAUUUUUGAUUCGUGCAGGUAUGUUACGUCGUUGGUUAUUUCGUUAUUUCGUUAUUUCGUUAUGCGUUGCAUUUGUGUUCCAAGAGGGACGACGGAUCGUGUUAAAAAAGAAAGAAAAGACAAAGAGAAACGAUCGAUCUGCAUAUUUUCGCUUCGUGCGUGUCGUGUGAUAUCUCACGUGCGUAUGUGUAUGUGUGUGUGUGUGUAUACACCUUUCGUGUGUGUAUAUAUAUAUAUACAUAUAUCAAGAGAUGUGGAUAUAUUUUUUUUUCUUUUUUUUUUAUGUAUACGCGUAUGUACAUAUGCGGAUAGAUAAAUGUACACAUUCACAUGCGCAAAACCGUACGUUUAUGUUUCCGACAUUUUCGCGUUAUACUUCUCUUUAUUAUUUUAUUUCGUUUCUUUGCCAAACGCAAGAAAAAAAAAAUAGACGGCCGGCAAGAAGAAAAAAAAAUAAGUAUCGUUUCAAAUUAUUGUCGUACUUUAAUUUCUUUGGUUUCUUUUCCAGUCGGACUGCGCGAUUAGCAUGUGGCGUAUGUUGAAAUAACAAUAUAUAUAUAUUUAUUUUGUUGGUUUAA